AUGGAAUUCAUGAAAGCGUUCUAUGGCCGUACCAACACCAAUAGAUGCAAAAUAUUGGUAUACGACAUGCAAUACUGGCGAGAUCGCGAAGAAGAAGCGUCAGGUUUACGAGCGGGUGUUAGUUGCCAAGAGUAUAGCGGAAUCGAUUCUGAUGACGAUGCAGCUGAUUGGGUAGCUAAAAUGAGGAGACAGAAGAAGAAAAGAAGCGUGCCUGAGAGAGGCAGAGAGAAAGCAAAGAAUUCAUACACUGGUGGUCUGGUGGUUGGGCACUCAAAAGAGGCCUUCAUUGGAGCCUCAGACCAAAUUCUCGUGCUCGACGACAAAAGUGUUCUUGACGACGGCGAAGAAGUUCUUGUCAAUCCUAAUUUGAUAGAAAAUGAAAGAUAUGCUCGGAAUAGAGAGCUCAAGAGGCGCAAAGAGCUACAGAAAGGUUUUGACGAUGUGGACGAAUUUGGAAAUGUGCAAAAAUCGUAUGGAGUCCUGACAAAAUAUGAUGAAGAGCUUGAAGGUGUGCAGAAGGAAAAAUUUCGCCUCGAUGAAGCUGGUGGAUACGAUCUCGAAAAAGAUGAAAGGGAAGCAAGAAUGCGUCGAGAGUUGGAGAUAGCAGGUAAAACUCUGGUUAGCAUGGAAAUGCAAAAAUAUCAAGUGGGAAGCGAAUUCUAUACGAAAGAGGAAAUGACCGCUUUUCGUAAAGUCAAAAAAGGCAAAAAGGAAAAAUCUACGCGCAAGAGGAAGAUUCUCAAAGCCGAAGAUUUGGUUCCUGAGGAGCCUGCGAAUGGAAAGGAUUUGGGUUCU